AUGAAGUCUCCUGAUGUUCAAGAGGAUCACAUUUACCUGAAGGAAUUUCCACAUUCAUUGGAGGGAGUUGUUAAAGAUUGGUUGUAUUAUUUGGCUCCCAGGUCCAUCACUAGCUGGGAUGAUCUGAAAAGAAUGUUUCUAGAGAAAUUCUUCCCUGCCUCCAGGACCACUACCAUCAGAAAAGAUAUAUCAGGAAUCAGGCAACUUGGUGGAGAGAGCUUAUAUGAGUACUGGGAGAGAUUUAAGAAGUUGUGUGCAAGUUGUCCUCACCACCAGAUUUCUGAGCAGUUGUUGCUGCAAUAUUUCUAUGAGGGGCUGAAUAACAUGGAGAGGAGUAUGAUAGAUGCUACAAGUGGUGGAGCACUUGGUGACAUGACCCUAGCUGAAGCCAGGCACUUGAUAGAAAAAAUGGCCUCCAACUCUCAACAAUUUAGUACCAGAAACGACAAUGCAAUUGUCGUCAGAGGAGUUCAUGAUGUGGCCACUGAUGCAGAUAAAAAACUGGAGACUAAACUUGAUGCAUUGGUCAACCUGGUGACUCAACUUGCUGCAAAUCAAAAAUAUGCAUCUGUAGCAUGGGUUUGCAACAUUUGCACGUCAAAUGACCAUCAUACAGAUUCGUGUCCACCAUUGCAGCAGCCUUCUGAUGUUCAUGCUCCUCAAGCUUAUGCUGCAAAUAUCUACAAUAACAGACCAGCGCAGCAGCAACAACAAAAUCAACCACCUUUCCAGAACCAUCCCUCAAGUUCUUCAUACCAGCCCCCUCAACAGAGACCUCCUUCUCUUGCACCUGCACCACUAGCUCCUCAACCUUCUACUUCUGAACCUUCAUUGGAGGAGUUAGUGAGGCAGAUGACUCUUCAAAAUAUUCAAUUCCAGCAAGAGACCAGAGCUUCCAUCCAGAGCUUGACCAAUCAGAUGGGGCAGAUGGCUACUCAACUCAAUCAGGCACAGUCUCAAAAUUCAGAUAAGUUGCCUUCACAGACUGUGCAGAAUCCAAAAAAUGUGAGUGCCAUCACAUUGAGGUCAGGGAAACAGAUUGAAAUACCCAUUGCAGUACCUCCACCUCCAUCUGCACCUGUGUCAAUACUAGUACCAGUUCCAGCAUCUGCAUCUGAACAAAAAGAUGAACUAGUUGGUGCCUGA